CCAUUUCAUAAAAAAAUGGUAGCUAGUGUUAUUCAUCCAAAGAAUAUGAUAAAUGGAAUAAUCUCUCUCGCAAUGCACUCGUGUUGCAACUGCUGGUGUUUCUUAUUGUGCUUUGUUUUUUUAUUGCAGGUUGGAGGGGAGUUGACUGACUUUAUAAUUGUAUUGAGGACAAAAGAAGCUGUAAAGACAUUUGGUAGCAAUGUGCAUCUCUCAGUUGGAGCAGGUUUAAGUGCUGCUGUAGGCAUUGUUGGACGUGCCGCUGAAGCUGAUUUACGUGCUGGUGAUGGUGGUUAUGCUGCUUGUUAUACAUAUAGCUGCAGUAAAGGAGCGUUUGUUGGUUGUUCACUGGAAGGGAGCAUGGUAACCACACGCACACUGGAGAAUUCCCGAUUCUACGGUAAUUCGUCAAUCAGUGCAUCUGACAUUCUUCUUGGGUCAAUGCCAAGGCCUCCUGCAGCUGCCAUUCUCUACCAUGCGCUUGCCGAUCUAUAUCGGAAGCUUGAAGGAUGAUGGUUGAUUAUCCAAAAUCACCAGGAAAAAUUAUACCCUGGCUAGGAUUCACUUGAUGAUUUUAUGUGCAGAUCAAAAGAAUUCAGACUGCAUGAUGUCCAUUCUUUGUUUCCAUGUAAAAAGUAAUUAGAUUCUGAAGUGGUUGUACAGCAUGAGAUUUCAUGGAAAGGGAAAAAGAAAACGUCCACAGGUCCACUUAAAUUUGCAGUGGCUGCAAUUGUCUUUAUAACAUGGGCAAAUAAUUCAUUAGCGUCGUUUUUUAUUUUUU